ACCAAGUCACGUGAAUAUCUUCCAAAUCUCUGCUUCCACUCCUUCCUGACUCUUCUUUAAAAGUGUUCCAGCUUCAUUAGCCCCUUUUUGAUGCUCCCCCAUUAUCCCUUUCUGUCUCUCUUCAUCAUCUCUCAGACAUCUUCUUCUAACUUUGCUGGAGGAGCUCUCUCUCUCUCUCUCUCUCUCCAUGACUCCAACUUACUUAAAUUCAUCUUCUUCUCCUUUUCCUGUGUCCUUUAGUGAAGAUCAGAAGCAGCAUCAACUCCACAGUAGUGCAAAGACUCAAGCUUCUUCUGUCGGAACUUCAUCUUCUUCUCUCUUGACUCAUGUUUUCACCAACUCAAUUCAAGAUCAAGGAGGAUGUUAUCAUAAGGAAGAAGUACAUCAACUAAAAUAUCAACAACAGGCUAAUAAUUUUGCUUCUCAAGACGGAUUGCAUGAUCAUGCUAUUCCCAAAAGUGUGAGUGAUCAUGGCUUAAAAUCAUCCUUAUGGAAGAAACAAGAUAUUGAACACGAAGUCCAUAGUGAUCAGAAUGGUUCAGCUAAGUCGAAGUCUUCGAAGACGAGGGUGAUGCUUAAGAUGAAGUUCGAAGAUCAAAAACAACCUUCUUCUCCUUUGGAAACAUAUAACAGCAACAAUAGUUUCUCUAGCAACAUAAGCAACCCAAGUAGGGUUUGCGCCGAUUGCAACACUACUAAGACCCCUCUUUGGAGAAGUGGACCUAGAGGGCCUAAGUCACUUUGCAACGCAUGUGGAAUCCGGCAAAGGAAGGCGCGGAGGGCAAUGGCAGCGGCAGCAGCAAAUGGUGCAACUCUUGCAGCUGAGACUUCAACAAUGAAGAUUACUAAGGUGCAACACAAACACCAGAAAAGGUCCAAACUUGCCACCAAAUCUCAUGGGAGAAAGAAGCUUUGCUUUGAGGACUUCUUGAUCAGUUUGAGUAAGAACUUGGCUUUUCACCGGAUUUUCCCGCAAGACGAGAAGGAAGCUGCCAUCCUGCUAAUGGCUCUAUCUUGUGGUCUUGUUCGUGGUUGAGUUUUUUUUAUAGUUUUUUGUUGGUUUAUCUAAAGUAGGACCGCAGCAUAUUUGUGUGACAGUUCAGAGAGAGAGAGAGAGAGAGAGGAUCAAUUUGAUCAAAUCAUGUGAGCAACAAAAAAUUCAAUAAAAAACAGAAAUGAAUUUGUGCUGUGAUC